AUGUGGCUUCCAGACAGCACAGGAAGUAACAUAUGGCUCAGGGUUUGGGCUAAUUACUUUCAACACGGGACAAAUGAUGUUUACCCUCGGUUGCCGGGUCGACGGAAGAAAGGUGCGCUGCAAGAGCGGGGUAGAUCCCGGGAACGUGACGUCAGCAGACGUAUCUCUCCGCACAAGCUCUCAAACAGCAUUCAAGACUUCAGCAUGGUAAUACACUGCCAGGAUACCUAUGGUCUAAGUGAAAACAGGCUCCAAAGAGAGGUAGCGGACAUGGUGUCAUUUGAGGACAGUGAGACUGUUUACAAACGGAGGAGGACGACCCCAACAGACGCGCUCACACCGCUCCAGCAGCGCCACGCUGGCCGCCUCAGAAAGCAGAAGCUCGUGUCCAAGAUGAGUGACUCGGGCUUUGAGGAAGACUUGCGAUCCUCACCGGUUUCCUCCUUGGCUAGGGUAGAUGUGUCCCUGCUCCGUUCAGACGGACCUCCUGCAGGAGAGCUGUCCACCUGGUACCUGCAGUAUGGAGACAUUGGCUAUAGGAUCCAGAGGGAGAGAGAGGUGCAGUUUCAUCCGUGCAAGAGCCUGGCACGCCAACCAGAACUGACUGCAGAGGCUCGGUGUAAACUGGUCAGUUGGCUCAUCCCCGUGCACAAACAUUUCUGUCUGUCCUUUGAGUGCUGCUGCCUGGCCGUGAGCAUCAUGGAUCGGUUUCUUGCAUCCACACCAGUGGCUUCUGACUGCUUCCAGCUACUGGGUGUCACUGCACUCCUCCUAGCCAGUAAACAGGUGGAGGUGGGCUCACCGCAGAUCAGUCAUCUCUUGUCUUUCUGCUGUGAUGCCUUCACUAAAGAGCAGCUCUGUAACCUGGAGUGUCUCAUCCUCCUGCGUCUUAACUUCCGCCUCUCUGCACCCACCCUGGCUUUUUUCCUGGACUAUUACACCAACUGCAUUGAGGCUGCCCAGCUUGCAUGUGCACAGAGUGACAGGUUUGGAAGAGUGACUCCAGACACUAAAAGACCCAGGCAGUGCAGCAACCUUGCACAAAAAGUGUGUGAGUUGAGCCUAGCAGACUACGCUUUCAACAAAUAUCCCCCAUCUCUGACUGCUUGCUGUGCACUGAGGCUGGCUAGUGAGCUACUAAAACAUCAAGAAGGUGUGACAGAGUGUGCAGACAUGCAGCCACCAGAAGACCAGUUGGGCAGCCUUAUGGGUGAACUAUUCACCCAGUCAGCCACAUCCAACUGCAGUCAGUUCCAGGAAUGCAGAGACAAUCUGAAGCUGCUGGUAUCAUUAAACCAGGAGGCACUGGAUGGGAUGUAG